AAAGUUUUAAAGCAGUGAUUUAACUCAGUUGCGUGAAAUAACCGUGAUCAUGAAGUCAUUUGUGGAAUAUUCCUCAGAUUGUGAUUUUCCAAUUGAAAAUCUUCCUUAUGGUGUCUUUUCUACAAAAAAUAAUCCACAAAAAAGAAUAGGAGUAGCAAUAGGCGAGGAAAUUUUAGAUUUAUCUGCUAUUGCGCAUCUAUUCGAUGGACCAUUAUUAAAAAACAAGCAAGAUGUAUUUCGUCAUGAUUAUCUCAACGAUUUUAUGGCCUUGGGAAGAUCCGCUUGGAUAGAAGCCAGGAACAAACUUCAAGACUUGUUAUCAAUCAGUAAUCCAACCUUGCAGGAAACCAAUAUUCGUUCAAAUACCUUCGUAAAACAAAAUGAAGCAAUAAUGCAUCUACCAGCAAAAAUUGGUGAUUACACAGAUUUUUAUUCUUCGAUUUACCAUGCCACAAAUGUGGGCAUUAUGUUCCGUGGAAAAGAAAAUGCUCUGAUGCCAAAUUGGAAACAUUUACCAGUUGCUUAUCACGGAAGAGCGAGUUCAGUUGUUGUUUCUGGGACACCGAUAAGAAGACCUCUAGGUCAAACAGUUCCGAUAGAGGGUGCAGAUCCAGUUUUUGGUCCUUCAAGAUUAGUAGACUUUGAAUUGGAAGUAGCUAUCUUUGUCGGAGGACCACCUACAAAUUUAGGUGACGCUGUUCCAGCGUCCAAAGCUUAUGAUCAUAUUUUUGGAAUGGUUACCAUGAACGAUUGGAGCGCAAGAGACAUUCAAAAAUGGGAAUACAUUCCAUUGGGACCCUUCGGUGCAAAAAAUUUUGGAACCACCAUUUCUCCAUGGAUAGUCACUAUGGAAGCUCUAGAGCCUUUCAAAGUACCAAAUGUGCACCAAAAUCCAACUCCAUUCCCCUAUUUACAACAUAAUGAAUCUUGUAACUUUGAUAUUAAAUUAGAAGUUGACAUUAAAUCUCCAAACGGUAUCGUUACAACCGUCUGUCGCAGUAACUAUAAAUUCCAAUACUGGACACCCCAACAACAAUUAGCUCACCAUACCGUAACCGGAUGCAAUAUCAAUCCAGGUGAUUUAAUGGCUUCCGGUACGAUAAGUGGCGAGGCUGCUGAUUCUUUUGGCUCCAUGCUUGAGCUCUGUUGGAAAGGCACUCGUCCCAUACUGUUAAAAGAUGGGACCAACCGGAAGUUCCUGCAAGAUGAUGACGAAGUGAUUAUUCGCGGUUACUGUGUCGGUGAUGGAUACAGAAUUGGAUUUGGAUCGUGUUCGGGGAAAUUAUUACCUGCUCUUAUGAAAUGAUUUUUUUAAUAUAUUAAAUUUCGUAUACUUUGGAAGUUAAUUUGAAAACUACUUAUCAUUUUCACUUUUGUAUAUUGUAUACAUUUAUGAAUAAAAUAUGUAGUGAAUAAAAAAUUAUGUAUGUAGUA